CCUCCCGACGGAGGCUGGGGGUGGAUGAUCGUUGCUGGCUGCUUCCUUGUCACUAUCUGUACCAGGGCCGUGACGAGGUGCAUCUCCAUUUUUUUUGUGGAGUUCCAGGCAUACUUUGGGCAGGAUUAUGCCAGAACGGCUUGGAUCCACUCCAUUGUUGACUGCGCUACAAUGCUCUGUGCCCCACUUGGGAGUUUAAUCAGUAAUCAUGUAUCCUGCCAAGUUGGUAUCAUGCUAGGAGGCCUGCUUGCAUCUACUGGACUAAUUUUGGGUUCGUUUGCCACCAGCCUGGAACAUCUCUACAUAUCAUUAGGAGUCCUUACAGGACUUGGGUUUGCACUCUGUUAUUCUCCAGCCAUCGCAAUGGUGGGCAAAUAUUUCAACAAAAAGAAAGCGCUGGCAUAUGGAAUAGCCAUGUCGGGAAGUGGAAUCGGUACCUUCAUCCUGGCCCCCGUGGUCCAGCUCUUAAUCGAGCAGUUUUCCUGGCGUGGAGCUUUACUCAUCCUGGGAGGUUUUGUUUUAAACCUCUGUGUCUGUGGUGCCUUGAUGCGGCCUAUUGCUCUUAAAGAGGACCGUAAAACUGCUCCUGAGUUUCUUGAACAGGAUUAUGUCCCCGAAGCACAGAAACGAGACUUAAAGCGAAUGUCCAUCUGUUCACCUUUAAUCAAAGCAUGGUCUCAUGAAUGUUUAUGCUACUGUUCAUGGAAGGAAUAUGACUUUUUACUGAUGCCAGACUUCAUGGUGCUGGCAGUGUCGGUUUUAUUUAUGGCAUAUGGCUGUAGCCCUCUUUUUGUCUACCUAGUGCCUUAUGCUUUGAGCGUUGGAGUGACUCAUCACCAGGCUGCCUUCCUCAUGUCCAUACUUGGUGUCAUAGACAUCAUUGGUAAUAUCACCUUUGGAUGGCUAACAGACAGAAGGUGUCUGAAGAAGCAUCGUCACUUUUGCUACCUCUUUGCUGUGGGAAUGGAUGGCCUCUGUUGUCUUUUCCUGCCAGUUCUCCAAAACUUCCCCUUGCUCGUGCCUUUCUCGUUUACCUUUGGCUACUUCGAUGGAGCCUAUGUAACACUGAUCCCUGUCGUGACGGCAGAUGUAGUGGGAACUUCUUCCUUAUCAGCAGCACUGGGUGUCGUGUGUUUUCUGCAUGCCAUACCAUAUCUAGUGAGCCCACCUGUUGCAGGUUGGCUUGUGGACACAACUGGCAGCUAUACCGCAUCAUUCCUCCUGUGUGGAUUUUCUAUGAUAUUUAGUUCAAUGUUAUUGUGCUUUGCAAGACUAGCAAAGAAAAUCAAAAGAACACAUUUGCAGUCACUCACCAAUGAUACUGGCACCAAACAGCACAUCUGGACAAACGGAGCAAUAGCUUAUUCUGUCACAGCAGAAUUAGACCAAAAGGAUGCUGAAUUUUUGGCUGUGGAUACAAACAGCUACAGCAACAGAUGA